GGCGUUCCCAGACGUUAAAGAACUGCGCAUGCUCGGCUCGAUCUUCCACCAAAUUCGAACAAUAUGGCGGCGUUGUUGACAACAAUAACAGAGGAGUGGAUACGAGAGAAGCUACAUCUGAAUCACCACUGCCUUGGUAAUAUCUUUGACACUUAACUUGUAGCUUGUAAAUUGGUAGCCUAGAUAUAUGAUGAGUUUGAUUUUAAAAAAGUUUUAUACUGCCAUUAAUAGCGAACUAACUCACAGAGACUAUGCUCAAUGCUAACGUUAGCUCGCCAGCUAAACAGUACUUUGCAUUUACCUGGCAACAGGUAGCUAACUAGCUAUCUAGCGAAAGAUGGACAACGUUACCAUGGGUCUACAACUACCCAACAACUCUACUCUGCUUGCUGGCUACUAACAUUCAUGACCACUUUACAGCGGAUGUGAGAUCACUGAGCCUCCCAGGCUCGUACAAGGAGAAAAUCAGACAUCUGGGAAUCUCACUAAAGAACUUUGUCCGUUUGAAAACCCUGAACCUCUCCUGUAAUGCACUCAUCUCUGUCGAGGUGAGAUGUCUCUCCACAGACAAAUGUAUACAGUACAUGGUGAAAUGGUGACUGAAGACUGAAUGUGUAGAUCUUCUUGUGUCCAAAAUUGUACUCUAGUCCAUAUUAUAUUUACAUUUACGUCAUUUAGCAGACAUCCACAGCGACUUACAGUUAGUGAGUGCAUACAUAUAUAUAUAUAUAUAUAUAUAUAUAUAUAUAUAUAUAUAUAUAUAUAUUAUUUUAUUUAUUAUAUAUAUAUUUUUUCUUCAUACUGGCCCCCCAUGGGAAAUGAACCCACAACCCUGGCAUUGCAAACGCCAUGCUCUACCAACUGAGCUACAUCCCUGCCGGCCAUUCCCUCCCCUACCCUGGACGACGCUGGGCCAAUUGUGCGCCGCCCCAUGGGUCUCCCGGUCGCGGCCGGCUACGACAGAGCCUGGAUUCGAACCAGGAUCUCUAGUGGCACAGCCUUAGACCACUGCGCCACUCGGGAGACAAUAUAAUAAUAUAUUCCCCAUAUAGUGUGCAUUAUUUUGACCAGGGCUCUGGGCAAAAGUAGUUCACUCUGUAGGGAAUAGGGUGACAUUUGGGACACACGCUGAAUGUGUAAGUCACAUUUGUUUCUUUCUAUGUUUGUUCAUCUAUAGGGGGUCCAACACUUGAAGAUGCUGGAGAGGCUGAACUUGUACUACAACAGCAUUCCCUCCCUUCAGGAGGUCAAAGUGCUCUGCAAGCUGACUGCUCUGAGAGAGCUGGACCUGAGGCUCAACCCUCUGGCUAAAACAGAUCCACACUACCGCCUGUACUUGGUGCACGCACUGUUCAACCUUCGCAAGCUUGGUACCUAUAGCUACAAUAUUUUCAUCUUGAGUCCGAUUGGCUGUCCAAUGAUAUUGCUGUUAGAUAGUUCUUCUUACCAAUCUGAAAUUUGACAUUUGUUUUCUUAUUGUGUUUUUUCCUGCAGAUGACUGUCCAGUCAGGGACAGUGAGAGAAGAGUUUCAAUCAUGCAUUUCUCCUCAGACUCUGCGCUCGGACCCCAACAGAUGAGCUCCUCGGAGACAGACAUCACUGACCAGAGGUACUGUACACUACAGGGUUAGACAGACAUCACUGACCAGAGGUACUGUACUCUACACAGUGUUAAUACAUCAGCUUGCUAAUGUAAGGAGGUCUUGUUUGCACACCAAGGUCUCUUGUCUUCAUUAGAUAUUGAUUUGUAUUAUAAAACAUCAGGAAAGACAAACUUCAGAUGUCAUUUUUUUUAAACAAGUAAACUGUUCUUUAUAAGGCAUUGUUUCCAAUAGUCUGUACAGUGUAACAACUGUCAUAUUACAGUGUUAUAGAUUGUAUUAUACAAUAUUCUUCUAAUACUGCUAUGUUGUGAUGUAAUAAGUGUUGGAUUGGUGUCUUCCAGGAGCAGUAAGCCGAGGUUGGCCUCAGUAAAUCGCCUGUCCAAGAAGCUCUCUGUCCUGGAUGACAACGAUGACAUAGUGUUGAACCUUGUUGCUAAGAGCAACUGAGACCAAAGUGAACCUCUGUUCCUUACUGGCUCUUUCCACAAUGAACCAGAGUCCCAGCUCUAUCAUCAGAUAGACCAGAGUCCCAGCUCAUCAUCAGAUAGACCAGAGUCCCAGCUCUAUCAUCAGAUAGACCAGAGUCCCAGCUCUAUCAUCAGAUAGACCAGAGUCCCAGCUCUAUCAUCAGAUAGACCAGAGUCCCAGCUCUAUCAUCAGACAGAUCAGAGUCCCAGCUCUAUCAUCAGAUAGACCAGAGUCCCAGCUCUAUCAUCAGACAGACCAGAGUCCCAGCUCUAUCAUCAGAUAGACCAGAGUCCCAGCUCUAUCAUCAGAUAGACCAGAGUCCCAGCUCUAUCAUCAGAUAGACCAGAGUCCCAGCUCUAAUCAUCAGAUAGACCAGAGUCCCAGCUCUAUCAUCAGAUAGACCAGAGUCCCAGCUCUAUCAUCAGAUAGACCAGAGUCCCAGCUCUAUCAUCAGAUAGACCAGAGUCCCAGCUCUAUCAUCAGAUAGACCAGAGUCCCAGCUCUAUCAUCAGAUAGACCAGAGUCCCAGCUCUAUCAUCAGAUAGACCAGAGUCCCCAUCAAACAAGCCUCUAUCAUCAGAUAGACCAGAGUCCCAGCUCUAUCAUCAGAUAGACCAGAGUCCCAGCUCUAUCAUCAGAUAGACCAGAGUCCCAGCUCUAUCAUCAGAUAGACCAGAGUCCCAGCUCUAUCAUCAGAUAGACCAGAGUCCCAGCUCUAUCAUCAGAUAGACCAGAGUCCCAGCUCUAUCAUCAGAUAGACCAGAGUCCCAGCUCUAUCAUCAGAUCAAAGAUGAGUGUGAGUUUGUUGUUGUUUCAUCACAGAAUAGUACAUACUUUUUUACAUUGACAAAUGACAGUAUGAAUUGGUAUUGGAGCUUGAUGUACACCAUGACUGUUAGUGUAAGGAAAGUCCACCAGGGGGAGACAAGUGUUUAGAUGUUCUUUAGUUUUGCCUACGAACAUGGGGGAUUUUGCUCAUUUAUGGCAAUAUUUCAGAGAUUUACCAUUAAUAGAUUUCAUUCAGCACUUGAUGAAUUGCAUGUUUAACUAGUUACAUUCAUUAUGGUCUACCUCUAAAAUGUGCAUAUGAUCAGCUUGUCAUUCCCAGUCCAAUGGGCUACGUUUAAGAGAAGGAUCUCGAAGGAAAGGUUCUUCCUCCUCCUCGUUGAAAACGUCAGAGGGCCGAGGGUAACCUUUGACCCCUGUGUAGAGAAACACAGCGGGGCUAGCUCUGGACGGGAGGGGAGGAGCGAGAGAAACUCCCCAAACACUUGAGAGUCACAGCCACUUCACCCCUCACCCUGGUGAGAUCACACUGAAUAUCCUCUCUGAGAAAUUUGGUGUCACAGCUGUCACACAAACCAGGUGGCAUGAAUGUCCUACAGUGGAGGCUGGAAUGGAGGAAAUAGAAUGGCAUCAAACUUGUGGAAACCAUAUGUUUGUAUUUGAUACCAUUCCACUUCUUCUGCUCCAGCCAUUACCACGAGUCUGUCCUCCCCAAUUAAGGUGCCACCAACCUCCUGUGAUAUCCUAAUACAAUAUUCAGAGUAUUUUGCACUGGCUUCAUCCUCCGUUAGAUCAAGCAGACCAGCCUAAGUCUUCCUUAGUGAAGAUCCGCCCCCCCAGUCCACGAAGUCUCUGUCCAAAUAGCUCUGAUGCCUCCAACCCCAUCCUGCACCCUCCCAGACUGUCCUUCCAUAACACCCAGCAGACAGCAGGGGGCUCCACCUCACCACAGAAACAUGCCAAGCAACAGAAGGUGAGACAUUUCAGAGAGAAAACCCACCUAUCCCUACCGUACCAUUCAUUCAUCCUAGAGAAAACCCACCUAUCCCUACCGUACCAUUCAUUCAUCCUAGAGAAAACCCACCUAUCCCUACCGUACCAUUCAUUAAUCCUAGAGAAAACCCACCUAUCACUGCCGUACCAUUCAUUCAUCCUAGAGAAAACCCACAUAUCACUACCGUACCAUUCAUCCUAGAGAAAACCCACCUAUCCCUACCGUACCAUUCAUCCAUCCUAGAGAAAACCCACCUAUCACUACCGUACCAUUCAUCCUAGAGAAAACCCACCUAUCCCUACCGUACCAUUCAUCCAUCCUAGAGAAAACCCACCUAUCCCUACCGUACCAUUCAUCCUAGAGAAAACCCACCUAUCCCUACCGUACCAUUCAUUAAUCCUAGAGAAAACCCACCUAUCCCUACCGUACCAUUCAUUAAUCCUAGAGAAAACCCACCUAUCCCUACCGUACCAUUCAUUCAUCCUAGAGAAAACCCACCUAUCCCUACCGUACCAUUCAUCCAUCCUAGAUCUUACUGUUCAUUAUAACCAGUCAUUUGUAAUUGUAUCAAAUCUGUCUCCUAGGGAAGCUAUAGGAAACCAAUGGAGAUGCUGCUGAGCCUAGUGGACAAGCCCUGGACAGGGGAGAGGCCACUGAACCAUGACCACAACUUCCUCUGUGAGUAUGAACCCCCCAUGUACUGUAUAGCUUACCUGCUUAAUGGAGAAUCUGGGUCUACUAGUAUGUAUCUGACCUACCUCCAGCUCAGGCAUGAUGGAACAAGACAUCUCCAGUGGAGAAGACGAGGUCAGGACGUUGAGAGGGAACGUUGAAGAGCUGAAGGAGCAGGCAGAGAUACGAGACCAAGAUCACAGGACAGAGACCUAUAGACUAACUACACAGCUGAAGGAAGCACACAUGUCUGUUGUAAGCUUCAGACUGUUCAAAGCAGCAUCUUCAAUUAUAUUACCUCAUGUUUGAAAAUUGCAUGAGACCCUGACUCCACAAAGAGUUGAGAAUGGAUGGAUGGAAUUAUGUUCAAUGUCUUUUGCUUGAAUGAGCAGCUGAGGAUGCUAUUGGACGAUAACGUCUCUCUACAGAAACAGAUGAUCAAAUUAGAACAACAAUAUCUCAACUCUAUGAUGAAAAGUUCACCUAACACUGAGAUAUGU